GCCUCUUCCUCUGGACGCUAGUCGAGUACCUCCUCCACCGCUUCCUCUUCCACGUCGACGAGUACAUGCCCGACCACCCACUCGCUUUGACAGCACACUUCCUCCUGCACGGCAUUCACCACUACCUCCCCAUGGACCGCUAUCGGCUGGUGAUGCCGCCCACGCUGUUCAUCGCACUCGCCACGCCCUUCUACAAGCUCGCGCAUACGGUGUUUUGGUAUGAUUGGUACGCGGCGGUUAUGGUUUUUAGCGGUGGGAUCUUUGGGUAUGUGUGCUACGACUGCACGCAUUACUUUCUGCAUCAUAAGACGCUGCCGGCGUAUGUGCGGGAGUUGAAGAAGUAUCACUUGGCGCAUCAUUAUCAGAAUUUUGAGCUUGGGUUCGGUGUGACUUCGAAGUUCUGGGAUUAUAUUUGGGGCACGCAGUUGGAGUACGCGAAGCCCCUAAAAACUCAGUAA